GAGAACAAAAUUAUUACAGCUUGCCUUGUUGAUAACACAUGAGAUUCAAUUUCACUUGAAUGUGCGCACCAAUUCGGAAUUGUUUUUUUCCAUUAUACAAUCACUUUAAGUUCAAAAUUGCUUGAGUAUCCUGUGUGGUUUUUGAUUUCCUCAAAAGCGAUUUCGAAUUGAAAUUGAAAGUAAACCGCUUUACUUGAAAGAAUAAAACCAACUUUUUCGAGAAAGAAAGUGUCCUACGUGUGUUUGAAAAAAAAAUUUGUAAAGAAAACAUCAUAUUUGACGAUGGAAACAAUCGAACGACCAUGGAAUCUUUUAUACGACGAAGUGACGUAUAAUCGCGUAAAACUACAUUAUGAAAGUGAUUUUGCGUUGGGUGUACGAAUAUUAAAUGCAAAAUGCCUCUCGUUAAAUGUCAAUAUAAAUCCACUCGAUCCACAAUACAAUCAAAUUUUAGAUGAAUUCAUACUAAAUUUAAAAUCAAGCGAUCCAAUUUUCAAGUAUUGGAUUGAAGAUUUAAUAAAAAUGAUGACCGAACAUUUUAAUCAGCAAAUUCAAUUUUUUUCCAAAUCAUACGAACUUGAGCAGAAAAUUUAUGAAGACGGUACACAUCGUCUGACACAGAUCGAUAACGAUAUUCACUGGUUACUUAUGCUAAAUAUGUGCAAUAAAACGGCAAUGGAACGAUAUAAAUCGUAUUGGGAAUCGUAUAGUGUGCGCUAUACCACACAAUGGGAAUAUCAUAUUCGAAAUUUAAACAUGGAACUUAUUGGUUCGAUAAAAAAGGUUAUUGAAUUAUUGUACACGAUUUUGCAGAAUAUUGAUGUACAACGCGAACGAUUGAUUAAGUCGCAAAAGAAUGAGCAAAAAUGGUCAAAAUAUAUUCGAGCCAGUUAUGCUGAAAUUCAAGUUUGGUUUGAUGAGAUUGUCGGUAUCAUUGGUGAUACAUGCCAAGUGAUACAGGACAUUCAGAGCUAUGGCCAAACAAUGUUCAAUGCUGAAUUGGAAGAAAUUAAGGAUAUUUUUGAAAGAAUAAUCAAAUCGACGUUGGUAGUAGAACUUCAGCCGGCGGAUGUCAUUAAAACUGAAGUCAAUUCUCCAUCGACGGUUCGGGUGCUACUCACUUUGAGCAACAUUUUUAUCAAAAUCGAUGACCUUAAAUUAGUCGUUACUAUUUCUAUGCAUGAUAAAUUAAAUGAAAGCGCUGGCAAAAUUAAAAUGACACGACAAAUUCAAUUUAAAGAAGAUGGACAUGAUAUUUUUUGCGAAUUGAAACAGCUGAAAGUGGAAAAACUUUGCCGAAGAAGACAACAAGAGAGUGUGAUUGAGCAGAAAUACAUCUUGAUUUAUCGCCUGCGAAUUCAAUUUGAUAACAUGAAAUUUUACGCAUCGGUGAUCAGUUGGCCUGUUUUUGUCAUUGUGCAUCAUUCUCAAGAGCCAUUGGCCAAAGCAGCGAGCAUGUGGGACAAACGUUUUCCAAAUAUCGAUCGAUCCAAAACAAAGUCGGUCCCAUGGGUCGAUAUGGGCGAGGCUUUAAAAUGGUUUUUCCACAGUGUAACCAAGUGCCGUUUGAAUGAUAAACAAUUAGAAGGUUUAUAUGAAAAGGCCAUGAAAGAUAAAAUCAUCGAUGGUGGUAAUUUUGUUUGGGCCGAAUCUUGUAAAGCAAAAUCGGUGCCUCAGUUAAAAUAUAGUUUUUGGGAGUGGUUUUAUUCUGCCAUGAAGUUAACACGCGAUUCUAUUUAUGAUUUAUGGAAAGAUGGUCUCAUUGAUGGAUUUGUUAGCACAAAAGUUUUGAAUGACCUUUCCAAACGUCCAGCUGGUAGUUUUUUGCUACGAUUUUCAGAGAGUGUACUUGCCGGACUAAUAAUAAUGUGGGUGGAUAAAGAAAAAAUGGAAGUAGUUCAGGCAGGUCCGAUUUCAAGUGAAAUGGUUAAAAAUCGGGCAUCAGACGAUCCAUCAUAUGCAGUCAUUGUUGGUAUUAUUCGAGAUUUAGCCGAAUGCACACAUUUUUCACACAAUGGGAUAUCAAAGGAAAUGGCAUUUGAAAAAUUCUAUAAAGAAUUGCGCACGAAAUCGGCGAGCAAUAAAAAUUCCAAAUACGAAAUUGUUAUAAAGACCACAUUUCAAGCAACAGUGCGAGAAGCGGAAAAUAAUUCACAUUCUUCGGUUGUCGGCGAUAAAAAUACUCUUAUUAGUACUCAAACCAAAAGCCUACCUUCAAUUAAUACAUCCGAAAUAAGCGACAUUGCUCCACCUGUAUUCACACCGUUAAGUGAUGGCUUGAAAUUCAAAUAUAAUUUUGGUGUAGAGAAAAUGGAUGUUGAUCCUAUUGGCAUGGAUGCAUCAAAUACAAACGUGAUUGAAUAAAUUUGAUCAUUUUUAUGGUAUUUUCACGAAUUGAGAACAUUAAUGAACUGGAUUUAUUGAAACGAUCAAGAUCUGGAUAUUUGGAACUGAUUUCGCUAUGGGUGGUCUCACUCUCACAUGAAAACAGUGAUAUUUAUCUGCAAUUUUGUUUUCCUUUCCUUAACAAAAUAAUAAAAAAAAAAUUCA